ACGGAGGCAGCCAGCGGCGGCGGCGACGGCGGCGGUGGUGGCAGCAGCAGCAGCUCUCGGCUCUCAGCUGGCCGCUCCUCCUCGAUAGAGGGUACUCGUCUUGAAUGCUGCUGCUGACGCGCGCGGGACGACGCGGACAGUCGGCGUUCGCCGGUGCUCCGAGGAGGAUGCGCGCCAUACGUUGCCGGCCGUGUCACGGCCUAUAGGCGCGCGGUGCACCAUAGCCCGCUGCUCCCCCUCCUCGCCCUUCGGUAGCUUCCUUCAAUGGAGGGCACCGGUAACGACAAGCAAAACGAGUCGGACGAGUGCGACGUGAACGGGGACAACCGGAAGCGGGACGACGACGAUCCGACCGGGCAGGAGGACGUCGACCGGAAGAUGAGGGCGGAGGACAGGCGCGAGUCCCUGGAGAACAUGAAUCUGAAGAACGAGAUGAAGACGCUGAAGAAGACGCUGUCGUCGGCCGACGACGAGGAGGCCGACGAGGAGGACGAGGUGAGCAAGGAGUCCGCCGACGACGAGGAGGAGCGCAAGGAGGGUACGCGGACGGCCGGCGGUGAAGAGGAGGAGAAGAAGGAGCAGCAACAGCAGGAGGCAUCGUCCAGCGACAGCACGUCCACCAGCACGACCGACGACGAGUCCGAGACCAGUUCGGAGGACAAGACGGAGCCGUCCAAGCCGGAAACGGCCCAGGAGACGACGCAAACGGAGGCGACUUCCAGGGAGGAGACCUCCAAGGACGACAGCGCGUCCAAGAACGAGGACACGACGGACGACAGCGACAUCGAGGAUGAUCUGAUCUCGGCGAUCAACUACAACACCAUUACCUCCUUGGCGGCGCUCAAAGACAUGCUCCAGUCCUCCGGUGAGGACUCGGACGGCGUGGACAGUUUCUUCCAUCAUUACUUUUUAUCGCACGUGAACCGGCUGCCGUCGAGGAACCAGACGCACAGCCCAUAUCCCUGGGGCAGGAGAUUAUCGGAGUGCCGGGAGGAGGACGAGUAUGAAACUGAGGAAGGGAAGAACACCGACAGCCCGAGCGUUUUCGAUAGCAAGAAGGACGCGCCGAAGGCGCAGAUCGAGAAGGCCGACAGCGUCUCCUCGAAGACGUCGAAGGCGUCGAGCCCGUCGUCCUCGGAGAAUUCCAGUUCGGAGAAGAUCGACGAGAAGUCUCUGGCGACGUCCAGCGUGUCGGACGCGAAACCACCGUCACCGUCGGCGUUAACGGCGAUCACGACGACGACAACAAUGACGACGACGACAACGAUGACGACGACGACGACGACGACGACGACGUCAACGACGAUGACGACGACGCCAACGACGACGAUGACAACGACAACGACGACGACGACGACGACGAUGGGCGCGACCGCGGCGACGACAACGGUUUCGGUUUCCGGUAGAUUUACAACGUCCACCGUGACGUCGCCGACGUCGACGACGAAGCCUCCGCUACGAAGACGGCAUACCACCGGCCCGGGGAUGACCUUCCCCGCCACCGAUCCCCCUUCGUAUUCCUCGAGCAUGACGUUCUCGAGGACCAGCCCGUUGCCGAGCCCGCAUUUCGACAAGCGGUUCUUCGACAGUAGUCUGAUCGAAAUGAAGAGCCAGGCGAGCAGCACCAGCACCCUCGAUUACGAUUCCACGGAGGAGGUGUGGGUGCGCAGGUUAGACUUUGUACAGGAGAGGAAACGGCGGGAGCUCGGCUCGCAACCGCUACCAACGAUCGUGACCGAGGACGCGGAUAAUUCCGGACAUGUUUCCCAAGGUCACAGGCCACGAGCAGAUACGUGGGGGUCGCACUCGAAGACGAUCAGAAAGUCGUCUUAUGGGAGCGCACCUAGUUCCGGGAAAUCGACGCCCCUUCCGCAGCCAACCGAACCGUCGAGUUCGUCGAGUUCCGGCAAGGGCGGCCGGAAGGCAUCCGGCACCCGGUCCGGUUCCACCAGUCGCAGUAACAGUCGCAGUAAUAGCGCGGAACGUCGGAGGAGCGGCGGCGGUACGGAUGACACCGCCAGCCCUACGAGAAAGCCGGCGCUCUUCGACGCUUUCAGACCGAGGAGCAAGUCGGACGCCAGCAAGAGGAAACCCAGUAUUAUAGCUAAUAUGAAAAGUGCCGUUCAGCAUUCCUUGCACAGAGGAUCGCACGGAAGCUCGUCGGUGGAUGUACGUACGGAGAAAGAUCACAGGGAGAGCCAGAAGGAACAAAAGGAAAACAAAGAACAGGGAAGCGGACGACCUAGAGCUGGAUCCGAGAGCAGCAGGAAUCCUGUGAGCAAAGUCAUGGAUCUCAUUAGGCACAGAAGCCACAGUGCCUUGAGCGCGGACGACAAGCGGAAAGCGAGAGCGGCGGCGCAGCAUCAUCAGGCACAGGCAGCGUCGCACAGCGCGCACAGGAGAAGUUCGUUGGAUCCUACUGCACGGAGAUUAUCCCUCGGGACACCCGCGAUACCUCACAGAGCGUCCGACGCUUGCUUGGAUCCGGUUCACGCUGCCAUACUCUUCAGGGAUGCGCGGGGGCUGCCGGUGGUGGAUCCCUUCCUGGAGAAAGUCUCACUGUCCGAUCUUGAGGAGGAUGAGUCGCAGAUCUUCGUCAAGUUCUUCAAGUUUCACAAAUGCUACGACCUAAUACCGACCAGCGCCAAGCUUGUCGUCUUCGACACUCAUCUACUCGUUAAAAAGGCCUUCUUUGCUCUCGUCUACAAUGGGGUGAGGGCCGCGCCGUUGUGGGACAGUUCUCGGCAGCAGUUUGUUGGCAUGCUGACCAUAACGGAUUUCAUCAAGAUACUUCAGAUGUAUUACACCAGUCCAUCGGUGACAAUGGACGAGCUAGAAGAGCACGAACUAGACACGUGGAGAAAAGUCCUGAAGGACCAAGUCCAUCCUCUUGUGAGCAUCGGACCGGAUGCGUCUCUGUACGAGGCUAUCAGGACCUUAAUACAAAACAGAAUCCACCGAUUGCCUGUGAUAGAUCCCGAUACCGGAAACGUCCUUUAUAUCUUGACGCAUAAGCGAAUACUUAGGUUUCUCUUCUUAUAUAUCCACGAGUUACCGAAACCAUCUUUUACCAACAAAACAUUGAGAGAAUUGAGGAUAGGCACCUUCGAGAACAUAGAAACGGCCACGGAGGAAACUAGCAUAAUUUUAGCGCUGAAAAAAUUCGUGGAGAGGAGAGUUUCCGCGUUGCCGAUUGUCGACUCUGAGGGAAAGUUGGUAAACAUCUAUUCAAAGUUUGAUGUCAUCAACUUAGCGGCGGAAAAGACGUAUAAUAAUCUAGAUGUUUCGCUGCGUGAAGCAAAUGAACACCGCAAUGAAUGGUUCGAAGGCGUUCAGAGUUGUAAGUUAGAUGAGACGUUGUUCACUAUAAUGGAAAGGAUUGUCAGAGCGGAGGUUCAUAGGCUAGUGGUGAUCGAUGAUGACGAUAAAGUGAUCGGUAUAAUAUCCCUUUCCGAUCUGCUCUUCUACCUCGUUCUUAGGCCUUGUGGUGAGGAUGGCAGUAGCAAUAAAGGUAGUUCUAUAUCGUUGCGGGCACAAGAUUCCCUGCUGUCAAAGGCUCCCAGCUCCGCACAGUCGGAAGCGUCGCUCGCCGACGGCGAAACUGAGCCGGACGCCGCGGAGGCGACGGAUCGCAAUCAGUCCGAGGAAGCGCCGGCGACACCUAGUCCACCGCUAAGUCCAGUCACGUCGGACAUCUCGGAACCUCAGACACUAGUGAAUCAAACGCAGGAGGCGACGUGGCGGGACGUGAUAAACAUUUGUGUCUCGGGGGUUUCGGGCGGGGAAUGAGACGUCGCCGUUUUCACGUGCCGCCACGCACGGACUAGACUCCAAACUGAAUUUGACGCCGCUCUUAAUUGCAACGGCGGACGAGUAACAUAACGACUGCAUAUUUGUACAUCAUUUGUUGUUAUCGCUCGCGGCUGUUCACGAGCGCGCAAGUUGAUCGGUGAUACAAGAGAAGGAGGCAGGGCGAUGCAAUAAUGCUCCCCGCGUUUGAGAGAAAUUGGACAUGGCGCGACAUAGUGUAACGGAGGAAUUCGCUAAACGCGACGUUACGAUAUAACAAACACGAUGCUCUGUAUAGUGUAUAAAAUCACUUAAGCUUAAUUUUUUAUGGUACAAAUGCUACACAGACAUGCUACACAUUAGACGUUUUCGCCAAGGAUAGUAGGUAGCUGCGUCAUUAUUUGCUCAGAAUGCGAUUCUCCGCGCCCUUCUAUAAUCGAGCAUCGAGAAACGAAGUGACGUAUUUCGAAAGAAGAGCUUUGGAGAUACGGCAAAGUCUUGGGGAUAAAGUCGCAAUUUAAUCAUGAUUAUAUAUAUUCUUUAUAUGCAAUUGUGUUAUUCAGCCUUGUGGAAAACGUAGAUAUUCGUUUUAAUCUUGUGUAUAAUUAGAAUAUGUAAAGAUUUUAAAAGGAACAUAGCUAUCGAGAAAUAUUCCGCGCGAUCGACAAAAAACGAAUGCCUAUCCUCGUUGUACGCGCGAGGCCUUUCAUGUUUUUUUUUUGAACACAUUGUGCAUUGUAUGUCACCGAUCUUAUUAAAUAUCUCUGACAUCUUAUAUACUCAUUUGUAGAAAACUUUUUUUUUAUUAAUUUCUAUCGGAAUGAUGCCUUAGAGAUACCUAUAAUCUUAAUUAGUGAUCUUGCAUAAUAAGUAAAUCCAUUUUAACGCCAUUGCACCGCGCGGUGCUUUUAAGUUUUCAGACACAUUUUCCAUUGAUUAUGUAGAAGUGACGUCAUCGAGUAUAUCAAUCUGUAUACUGUUAACAAGUAUUGUUAAAGAACAGAUACAAAUUAUUUUGGAUUAUAUCUAUGACACCUGAAAAAUUGUCUCUCUUCUGUCCUCUUUGGCAUUUCGUUUUCAAUGUAUCGUCAGAGUCACGCAAAUGUCGGGGAAGUAAAAUGACUGCUCUGUGAAAAAAAAGUUGCAAUCUUUUUGACUUUUGUACUAAAAUCAUAACAUUCACAUUAUUCUCUAUUGAAACAAUAUAUUUCUCAAACUAAAGUAACUAAUUAAAACAAUUUUCUAUUACAUGACUACAGUUUUUCGCGAAUAUUUACGAGAAAUAAAUACUUGCGAAUUGUAUACGUGUACUAAUUCUUAGUUCGCAUAAAAUUUCUGUACAUUUAUGUCCGUAAAUAACAAGUUAAAAUUCGAAAGAAUCGAAGUGAUACUCGAUUAUUAAGAUUUAUUCGAUAAAUCGGAUAAAAAAUAUUCGAGUUUUAAUGUGAUAUUUGACCAAAUUCUAUAUAUAAUAAUUGCUGACGAUAUGCGAACUGAUAAGCCAUCGAUACCAAAAUAAGAUUUUAUAAUUGUAUCACGAACCGUCUCAAAGGAAUACUAAUGACAUAUUGAAAAAAAAACGCAUUCUUCGAUCGAUUAAUUGCUUUAUGCAUCAACGGUAUGUAUGAGGACAUUAAUUACUUUCAUUGGCAAGUGUUUUGAAUUCUCAAAGUAUAGAGCUAACAAGCGAAACUUUGUAUUGUAUAAAUCACAAUUGUUUAUGUCAUAUCGUAAGAAAAAUGUAAAUUGUAAUAUAACAGAGUUUUAAAGGAAUUUGUAUAGCAUCGUUUUGCAAUUGAAAAAAGUUCUGUUAUAGAUCGAAAAAAACAUUCCUAUAAAGAUACAACUCAUUGAGCGAGAUAUUUUUUCAAGGCAGUUCUGCAUAAUCAAAUCGUCGAGAAUCAAGUUUUCCUUAGAAUUGUCUUUCAGUUGGAAUAUAAAUUCGAAAUAUAUUUGACGCAGAUCCAAACUCCUUUUUUUCCGCGUAAGGCAGAAACGCAGGUGACGGUAAUCACUCGAUUUUGAAGGGAAUAGUGCCUGUAAAUGUAGCAAAUGUAUUACCAGAGACACUGGAAUACACGUAUAUAAAUAUACUAUCUGAGAUGUAAGCGCAGUCGGGAUAAGACAAAGCUAAACAUAUUAGUAUUAAUUAACGGGAAGCGUAGUUUGAACGAAGAUUUUUGUACAGCUAAAAAGUACUAUUUAAUGUGCUGUAGGCGCGUGAGCGCGGUUUCUUUUUUUUUAGUACAAAAAGCGUUGCAAUCAUUGCGAGUUGCCGCGUUCACCUUCUUCUACUUACAAGAUACUAAAGAUUACGCUGUAACAUACCGCAGCGUGCGCACCGCGCACUCAGCUUCGACAUAACUUGUUACUUGUUGAGAGCACAGUAGAAAUUGUCGAAGAAAAUAUAUUUAGCUUCUCUUCAUUCUAUAUAAUAUUAGAGAGAUGGAGUUUUGUGAGGGAGAUGAGCGAUUGAAUUCUGUGCGCGCUGCAUUCAAGAACCAAAAUACAAGCUCUUAUCGAGAGAUGCGGUAUUAAUGAUAAAUAAACUGUACAAUAAAUAA